AUGACACGGCCGAAUUUUCUUAUCAUUGUUGCAGAUGAUCUGGGCUUCUCAGACGCAGGCUGCUUCGGCGGCGAGAUCAGCACGCCCAACAUCGACAGCAUUGCGCGCGGAGGGCUGCGAUUCACAGACUUCCAUGCAGCUGCAGCAUGCUCACCGACAAGGUCCAUGCUCCUGACCGGAACUGACAACCACAUCGCGGGGAUUGGGACAAUGUUCGAGAAGCUGCGAGAGUUUCAACGCGGGAAGCCUGGCUACGAGGGGUAUCUCAAUGACAGGGUCGUUGCACUGUCAGAGCUACUCCAGGAUGCUGGGUACCAUACCAUGAUGUCAGGGAAAUGGCAUCUGGGCCUAGAGCGAGACCGUUGGCCGUGCACAAGAGGGUUUGAUAGGUCAUAUUCCUUGCUGCCGGGUGCUGCCAACCACUACGGCUGGGAGCCGCAGUUGCAGACAAAAGGCGAGAACCUGCCUCGCAUCAUAAAGCAAAACCGAGUCUUCUAUGUAGAAGACGACCGGCCAAUAGAGCCCCAGGAUCUGGGUGCGGACUUUUACUCCACGACUGCGUUCACCGAUAAGUUGCUCGAGUAUAUGGGCGACCGCCAGAAGGGUCUGAAUAAUGCAAAGACUAAGGAGCAGCCCUUUUUCGCAUACCUCGCCUACUCGGCCCCCCACUGGCCACUUCAGGCGUCCGACGAGGACAUCGCCAGCUACAAAGGACAGUACGACGAUGGACCCGAGGCCCUCCGUCAGCAGCGCCUGCAGAGCCUCGAGAAGCUCGGCAUGAUCCCUCUGGGUAUAAUGCCACAUGAUGUGCUCAAGUUUAGCGACCGCACCAUGUCCAAAUUUUGGGGUGAGCUGAGUGAGGAAGAGAAGAGAUACUCGUCCCGCUGUAUGGAGGUCUACGCUGCCAUGUUGCAGGCCAUGGAUAGGCAGAUUGGGCGUGUGCUGGACCAUCUACGGGAAUCAGGCGAGCUGGAGAACACGUUUAUCCUCUUUAUGUCUGAUAACGGGGCCGAAGGCUCCCUCCUCGAGGCACUUCCUAUUAUCGAGGAGGAUGUCUUUGACCACAUUGCGCGGUACUAUGAUAACUCCCUUGAGAACCUAGGCAGACGUAACUCGUACGCAUGGUACGGUCCCCACUGGGCCUCUGCCGCUACAGCACCCGCACGCCUAUACAAGAUGUUCACAAGUGAAGGUGGUAUCCGGGUACCGUUUAUCUGUAGCUAUCCUCCUCUGAUGGCACAAAGGGCUGGCACCAUUGACCAUUCCUUCUGCACCGUUAUGGAUAUCGCCCCUACCAUCCUCGAGCUUGCAGGAAUCGCACACCCUUCGCCAACAUACCAGGGACGCGACAUCAUGCCCAUCCGCGGCGCUUCCUGGGUGUCCUACCUCUCCGGCACACAGCCUCAAGUCCACGCUGAGGACCAUGUUACUGGCUGGGAGCUGUUUGGCCGGCAGGCAGUGCGCAAGGGGGACUGGAAGGCACUCAUGAUACCAGAACCGCAUGGGCCAGGCGUCUGGCAGCUGUACAGACUGAGCGAGGACCCGGGUGAGACACGAGACCUGAAGGAGCAGAACCCUGAAAAGCUGCAGGAGCUGCUGCAGGCAUGGGACCAGUACGUGGUCGAGGUUGGUAUCGUGGGAGAAGCGAUGCAGUAUGGCGUGCUGGAUGCGGAUGCCAGUGAAACCAGUAGGAAAGAGAAAUCAUAG